CAAGGGAAGCUUUUUCCCCCGACAUCCCCCACGGUCUCGGUGGCGUAAUGCUUUUCGGGAAAUGUAGUUCUAAUGAGCUCCCGGCUCUCAGUAACUGAUAGGCUUAUAAACUUCCAUCUCCAGAAGCCUCCGCGGUGUGUAGUAGCGGAUGGAGAACGUGAUUCUGGAUUUUAGCGGCUGCUGCUGGGUUGCGUGUUCGAAUCACUGCCGCGGAAAAGUGCGGGUUGCGGCGGUGGGCGAAUCCAGCGUAUAUUCUCUUCUCUUCUUCAGCAUGGACUGGGAUACACAACUCAGCUCUAUACUGACUGCAACAGAUGCCAACAUGGCCAAAAUUAAGCAUCGUUUGAACACAGCCAGCAUCUCUUCCAAAGCUGAUCUGUUGCUGGACAGAAUAAAAACAGAGAGCGCUGUUCUGACUGACCCACAGACUGGACCACCACCCCUGCUUCUCACGUGUCCAGCUCAUCCAUGCUGCAGAAUGGCCACUGAGGAACUUUCAGCUAUCAGCAAGCAGCUACAUUCACAAGCCCAGGUCAUAGAGUCCCUCACCCAGGCAGUACAUCGACUGAAACAGGAGAAAGAGCUGCAGCAGCAGAGUAUCAGUCACCUAGAGGAGGAGGUAGAUCGACUGCAGCACAACCCCCACAGUGGCUUGGAUUCAAUGCUGGGAUGCGGGAUGGAAGUACUAAAAAGUGAGCUCCGUGGCCUUCGGCAGCAGACGUUUCAGCAAUCGGAUGGCGACUGCACUCCUGAUCUGUAUUCCAGCCCUGGCAUCAUGCAAGAUAUACUGGAGGGCAAGAAAGCCCUGUGGCGAGAGUAUGAGGGUAUCCGAAGAGAGAUGGAGCAGCUGAAACACAAACUUGAUCAACAAGAGGAAGAUCUGUGCAAUCAAGUGUCUGCAACCCAUGAGAUUAAGAAGACCCAAAGUCAGUACUGUAGGAUGCUGGAAGACCUGAUGAACAGCCAUAAAACUCAGACUCGGGAUUUGGACAAAGCAAAGAGUGAGACCCAGAGCACCCAGCAGGAACUCAGUCAUGUCAAAUCAACAGUUACUGACCUAAGAGAAAAGAUGAAAAGCCUGCACUUGGAGGACAAGCUGUGUUUUAUGCCAUUGCGGGAGGAAUGCAUUCAUCUGCGUGUGUUUCUCCUAGAAAAAACCAAAGAUUUCCUGCAUGGUGAUGUCUUGCCAUCCCUUCUCAGUGAUGAUUCAGCCUCUGAGCUCAGUCUCACGGAUGUCAGCUCAGAUGAACUCUCCAGUGAACCAGAGAUUGCGGAACUUGCUGAUGACAAAAUUUCCUUACCAAGCUCAGAGCUGGAGGAGAGCACCCCUGGAGGGACAGCCAGUGACAUGCUGGAGGGAACAGAGCUCAACAGUGAACUAUCCACCAGUCUGCCUGAGCUCAAUUUGAGUGACCUUUAAAACCUCACCCAAGGACUGCCUCAUUCUUUUUAAUGAGAAAAUAAAUUAAAGAGAGGAGAAACAUA